UCUCUUUUGAUCAGAAUUACCAUGUUGGUGUCCACUUGCUUGGGUGGAAAUUGUUCUAUAAAUUCCACCUCUCGCAAAGGCUACAAUUCCCUUUCCUCCUCUGUUCUUCUGCCUUGCUUAGCUUACUGAAAGUUGUGCUGUCUUUUUUUUUUUCUUUGCAUUUCUAGAAUUCCUCCUGCAGUGUUCUUGGGCUCUGAUUAAACAAUCAGAAUCCAGCAGCUAAAUAUUGUGCUUGCUGCUGCUCUUGUUGUAGUGAUGAAUACUCCUUCAAACGAUCUGUUCUAACAAGUUUUUUGAUUCUAUACGGAGUCAUAUGCAGGGGAAAUUCUGCCAAAUUUCCUCUGAAAAAAGUGUUUCAAGGUCAAGAAGCAUUAUCCAGUUCUUGACCUUUGUUGAAUCUUUGGUGCAAAACUGCCACCUCGCUGAGAUAUCCUUGAACUCUUGGUUUCAAAUUCUGAUCUUUGGGCACAGAACCUAUUUAUUUUCUUUCACAUGCAGCGUCUUCUUCUCAUCUUUAUAAUCUAUGUUGCCUAUUAUAAGUGAGAUCCUACUCUCUGGUUGUAUGAUAGAUUCCAGUAUUCGACGCAGGACUCAUCUUGUUCAAUCCUUCUCUGUUGUUUUCCUCUACUGGUUCUAUGUAUUUUCAUGAACUUGUUCUGAGAUCUGAAAUCCCGGGCGUUCUAGUCCUUUUUAAAUACAUUGUCUGUUAAUUUCAUCCAAAUACCUACCUUGGCUAGAUCUAUAAUUCAGCUACCAGGAUCUACUCUUUCCUGAAGCACUAGCAUUAAACUUCUGUAGAUAAUUGUUAAAUAAAUCAUUUUACUGCAAGAGUACCAAAGCUUCCAUGGAUUCUCCCUAUGUUUCUUCAUAUGGUUCCAGUCUGCUGCAAAACUCGGGCUCUGAAGAGGAUCUACAGGCACUGAUGGACCAGAAGAAGCGGAAAAGAAUGAUAUCGAACCGUGAGUCCGCAAGACGAUCAAGGAUGCGUAAGCAGAAACAUCUGGAUGGUCUGACAGAACAAGUGAACCAGCUGAGGAAGGAGAACGGCCAAUCCUUGGCCUACUUAACCCUCACCACAGAGCAGUACUUCGUAAUGGAGGCUGAGAACUCUGUCCUAAGGACCCAGAUGAUGGAACUCAGCAACAGGCUGCAGUAUCUUAACGAGAUCCUUCACUGUUUGAAUGAAUCCAGUGGCCUCCGACAUGAUGGCCCUUGGAUGAAUGAUAGCAUUACCAACCCUUGGAACUUGUGCAUGAACCAUCCCAUCACGGCUUCAGCAGACAUGCUGUAUUACUGACAGAUAAGCAGCCACUGAUGUUGUAAAAGGGGGCCUAGCUAUUAACUCACUACUAAAUAUUUCCGUGGGUCGUCUUCUACUUCUUUUGUAGCUUGUAUGUCACAAGUGAUCAAAAUAUUUCAGUUUCUAGAGGUAGCAGAAAAAAAGUGACAUGUGUAUGUAGAUCAGAAUUGUAUUCUGUGAGAUUCCUAUGGAGUUAUUUUGGUCA